CCGAGUCCCCCACGGACCCCCCCGCUACAGACGCGUCUCCCCCAGGCCUGGUUGCCCCCGCCCCCAUGGGGCCCGAGCUCCCCCCUGCAGACGACCCGCUGUCGCGCACGUUCCGGUGGCAGAUUGACAACUUUUCCAAGAUCACAGAGCGCAAGAUCUACUCGCAGCCCAACUUCGCCGUCGGGGGUUACAACUGGCGGCUGCUGAUCUUUCCACGUGGCAACAACCAAGCGGAGCAGCUGUCAGUGUAUCUUGACGUGGCAGAUGCCCAAACUCUGCCGCCCGGCUGGACCAAGAGCGCCCACUUUGUGCUGUGCCUGAUCAACCAGUUCGACCGCAAGAUGAAUGUGCGCAGAGACACGAGCCACCAGUUCAGUGCGAGGGAGAGCGACUGGGGCUUCACCUCCUUCAUGUCGCUGCAGGACCUCUACGACCCCUCUAAGGGCUUCCUUGUUAACGACUCAGUGAUCCUCGAGGCUGAAGUGAACGUGCGCGUGGACUACUGGGCGUACGAUUCCAAAAAGGAGACCGGAUACGUCGGCCUGAAGAACCAGGGGGCUACUUGCUACAUGAACUCUCUCCUUCAGACUCUCUACCAUAUCCCGUUCUUUCGAAAAGCCGUUUACCACAUGCCGACUUCUGAAAACGAGCUACCUUCCAGCAGCAUCCCUCUCGCGCUCCAGAGCCUGUUUUAUAAGCUCCAGUACACAGACACCAGCGUGGCGACGAAAGACUUAACUAAAAGUUUCGGGUGGGACACUUAUGAUUCGUUUAUGCAGCAUGACGUGCAGGAGUUGAACCGGGUUCUGUGCGAGAAGCUGGAGGAUAAGAUGAAGGGGACGGUGGUGGAGGGGACGAUCGAGAAGCUGUUUGAAGGGCACGUGAUGAACUAUAUCGAGUGUGACAAUGUGGACUACAAGUCGACGCGCAAGGAGUCGUUCUAUGACCUGCAGCUGGACGUGAAGGGGUGUCGGGACGUGUAUGCGAGUUUUGACAAGUACGUGGAGGUGGAGAGGCUGGAUGGCGACAACAAGUACCACGCGGAACAGCACGGGCUGCAGGACGCCAAGAAGGGAGUGCUAUUUGUGGACUUCCCUCCCGUGCUGCAGCUGCAGCUGAAGCGCUUUGAAUACGACUUUAUGCGAGACACCAUGGUCAAGAUCAACGACCGCUACGAGUUCCCUCUGGAGCUCGAUUUGGACCGGGAGAACCGCAAGUACCUCACUCCUGACUGCGACAGGAGUGUGCGCAACCGUUACCAGCUGCACAGUGUGCUGGUACACAGUGGGGGAGUGCACGGAGGGCACUACUACGCAUUCAUUCGCCCCAACCUCACAGAGCAGUGGUUCAAGUUUGACGACGAGCGAGUGACAAAGGAGGACGUGAAGCGAGCGUUGGACGAGCAGUACGGAGGAGAGGAGGAGCUGAGCCAAACCAAUCCGGGCUUCAACCAUCAGCCCUUCAAGUUCACCAAGUUCAGCAACGCGUACAUGCUGGUGUACAUUCGGGAGAGCGACCGGGACAGCAUCCUGUGCAACGUGACUGAGAACGACAUUGCACAGCACCUGAGGGCGCGGUUGAAGCGGGAGCAGGAGGAGAAGGAGCGCAAGCGCAAGGAGAAGGCCGAAGCCCACCUCUUCACAAUCAUCAAGGUCUCGCGCGACGAAGACCUUUCCAACCAGAUCGGCCGUGACCUCUUCUUUGACCUCGUGGACCACGAGCGUGUCAGGAGCUUCCGCGUGGCGAAGCAGACGCGGUUUUUGGAGUUCAAGGCGCUCGUGGAGAGGGAGUUGGGGAUCCCGGCGGCCGGGCAGCGGUUCUGGUUGUGGGCACGCCGGCAGAACCACACGUACCGGCCUAAUCGCCCGCUGAAUGCUGAAGAGGAGAACAUGACGGUGGGGCAACUGAGGGACUCGGUCAGCAAGGCACACGCCGUGGACCUGCGCUUGUUCCUAGAAGGCGCUCCAUCCUCCCCUGACCGGCCGUUGGUUCCGCUGCAUGAGAGAGCCAAGGAUGACAUUUUGCUCUUCUUCAAGUUCUACGAUCCUGUCACUGAGACGCUUAGGUACGUGGGCCAUCUGUUUGUGAAGCUCGGGCAGAAGCCGGGCGACGUGAGAGGGAAGAUCAACAAGAUGUGUGGCCUUCCUCCCACGGAGGACAUUUUGAUGUUUGAGGAGAUAAAGUUUGAUCCAGCGGUGAUGUGCGAGGCCAUGGACCGCAAGGUGACGUUCAAGGGCGGGCAGCUGGAGGACGGCGACAUUGUCUGCGAGAUAAAGUUUGAUCCAGCAGUGAUGUGCGAGGCCAUGGACCGCAAGGUGACGUUCAAGGGCGGGCAGCUGGAGGAUGGCGAUAUUGUCUGCGGUGCGGUUGGAGGUGGUGCUGUGAGGUACCCUGACGUGCCGUCCUUUCUGGAGUAUGUGCGGAAUCGGCAGGUGGUGCACUUCAGACGCCUGGAGAGGCCCAAAGAAGAUGCUUUCUGCCUCGAGCUUUCCAAGCAGCACACGUACGACGAUGUGGUGGCACGGCUGGCAGAGGAAAUAGGCCUGGACGACCCUUCCAAGAUCAGACUCACCACACACAACUGCUACUCCCAGCAGCCCAAGCCGCCCCCCAUCAAGUACCGAGGAGUGGACAGCCUGACAGACAUGCUCGUGCACUACAACCAGUCGUCGGACAUCCUCUAUUUCGAGACGCUUGACAUUCCUCUGCCCGAACUGCAGCGGCUCAAGACCCUCAACAUCACAUUCCAUAACAGCAAGGCGGAGGAGGUAUCAUCGCACAACAUUCGCCUGCCCAAGCAAUCAACGGUGGCAGAUGUGCUUGCGGACCUAAGGACCAAGGUGGAGCUGUCGAACCCCAAGGUGGAGCUGCGCAUGCUGCAGGUGUUUUACAACAAGAUCUACAAGAUUUUUCCCCUCACGGAGCAGAUAGAGACCAUCAACGACCAGUACUGGAGCAUUCGUGUGGAGGAGAUUCCAGAGGAGGAGCUGAACAUGGGCCCUCAAGACAGAGUGAUUCACGUGUAUCACUACACCCGGGAUGCCUCAGGGCAGAACCAGAUGCUGCAGACGUUUGGAGAUCCCUUCUUCCUCGUGGUGGGGGAGGCGGAGACCCUCGCGGAGGUGAAGCAGCGGAUCAAGUCGAGGCUGGGCACAGCGGAUGAGGAGUUUGACAAGUGGAGCUUCGCCUUUGUGGCCCUCGGCACACCCGAGUACCUGCAGGACUCUGACGUCGUUGCUGCCCGAUUUCAGAAACGCGACACGUGGGAGUACUAUCUGGGCUUGGAACAUCCAGACACCAACCCCCCCAAGAGGGUUCAGCACAACCAGAACCGGCAUGCCUAUGAGAAGCCUGUGAAGAUCUACAACUGA